UGUUCUCUACCACUAGAACCACCAGUCUGAGACUCUGACGUUUUUAGAGCUCUGCUGCCCCCCAUCGACGAGUGGAAUAUCCCAUCGCAAAGCAUAGCGGGAAGUACAAAAUGGCGGACAUUGCGAAACUGGAUCUGUACGGCUUGCUAGAAAUCGACCCCAGUGCCGACGAGAAGACGAUCAAGAAGGCCUACAGAAAGAAAGCACUAACAUGCCAUCCAGACAAGAACCCAGACAACCCCAAAGCAGCGGAUCUAUUCCACCAGCUGUCAAAGGCACUUGAAGUCCUCACAGAUGUCGCUGCUAAGGCAGCCUAUGACAAAGUCUUAAGAGCCAGGAAACAGACUGAAAUCAGGAACAGACAUCUUGACAGUAAGCGAAAGAAAUUCAAGGAUGACUUGGAGGCAAGGGAACAGGCAGCUGCUGCCGAGAGAACUGCAGAUAUCACAGCUGCGCGUGACCUGGAAGCAGAGAUUAAAAGAUUACGAGAAGAAGGAUCGAGACAGCUGGAGCAGGAAAGGGAGCUUCUCAGGCAACAGCUGGCAAGGGAGAAGGAAGCUAAAGUGUAUUCAGCACAGUCAACUGAAGUAGAAACACCAAAACUAAAGGUGAAGUGGAAGAGUAAGAAGGGAGAUGAGACCAAUGGAGGAUACUCGUACGACUUCCUCAUGAGCUGCUUUAGAAAGUAUGGGGACAUUUUGAAUCUGCUGGUGUCAAGAAAGAAAAACGGCAGUGCAGUGGUGGAGUUUUCCCAGCAGCAGGCUGCAGUGAUGGCAGUGCAGUAUGAGGUCGGAAAUCCAGGCAACCCUCUGCAGCUGUCCUGGUUGUCUGGGAAACCAGAGGAGGGCCAACACCCGGCAACACCUGAUGCAGCUGCAGCACCUACACCUGUCAUAGCCAGCAGGUGGGAGACACAGAUGCCUGCAAGGUCAGAGACGUCUUCUUCCACAGUGAGCGACCAAGACUUUGAGAACCUGGUCCUGAUGAGGAUGAGACAAGCCCAGGAGAGGAAGAGACUGGCAGAACAGAUGCAGGCAGAAGACGAGGAGAAGGAACAUAGGAAAAGGGAAGAUAUGGUUGACAAGGAGCAACGUCUGACCUUAGUGGACCAUAGAAGUUGUAGUUCUGUAGUAGAUUUGUGGUUCAAGUAGAAUUCAUCAUUUCAGUUCCAUAGUUCCACUUCUUUAGUAUAAUUUUCAAUCAUGAACCCGGUAGUUCCAGUUCUGCUGAAGAAUUCCUAAUCAGUUCUGUACUUACAGUUUUGUAGUAGAAUGUUACUGACACUCUGGAGUGCACCAUCAUUUUUAAUCACCCCAACUUUUGAACAUAUAAUCAAGAAUCUGAAGACAAGAGAAAUGAAAUAUCUAUUUAUUUUCCCUGUUCUGUUGUAACCUGAUAUAUAGGUAGAAUAAUACUGGUAAAACUUUUAAGGGCUUUUAACCAUUUGAGCUGCUCAUAAUGUACAUCACAGGUCUUCAAUUUCGUACAAUAGAUAUUGUGUUAUAAUAUUUUUGAAGUUUUGUAUAGCCUAAAGUAUGAUACAGUAUUAAAGGCAUUUUACCUC